AUGUCUCAAUCAACCCACUUCAUUAGUGGCAUCGAAGACGCCUCAUACAAAAAUCCCACGGAAUUAAAAACACCGAUCUGUGACAAUCGCAUUCAUCUCCUCCUUGCCGCAACCGGCUCAGUCGCGACUAUCAAAAUAGCCAAUAUCAUCAGCGCCCUUUCCCCGCAUAUCCACAAGCUCUCAAUAAGAGUAAUCCUCACCACCAAAGCCAAGCAAUUCCUCGCCGGCCAGUCCGCCGAGCAGCCCACCGCCUCGUCCCUCAUUUUUCUCCCUGGCGUGGAAGCCGUGUACGAUGAUGACGCUGAGUGGGGACCAGAGCCCUGGCGCCGAGGCGUUGAUAUCUUGCACAUAUCUCUCCGACGCUGGGCAGAUAUCCUUGUCAUUGCUCCUCUUUCCGCAAACACACUAGCUAAGCUCGCCAACGGACUAAGCGAUAACCUGUUGACAUCGGUAUGUCGGGCGUGGGAUACCGAUGGCCAGGUUGACGGGAAACGAAAGCGAAUAGUAGUUGCGCCGGCCAUGAAUACGGCUAUGUGGCGGCACCCAGUGACGGCCCAGCAUAUCGGGGUGCUAGAGGAGGAGUGGGGGGUUAAUAAAGACGAGGGCAGGGGAGAGGAAACAGGUUGGUUCGAGGUUCUUCACCCGCAGUCGUCGAAGGUCUUAGCUUGUGGGGAUGUGGGGAGUGGUGCGAUGUUGGAAUGGACUGAGAUAGUGAAGGUUAUUGAAGAUAGGUUAGGGUUGGGGGAUCAGAACUCAUCUCAGAGUAGUUAG